AUGCAUGUCUGGCACAACUUCUGCCCUGUCCCCAAAGGCAGGGAAGGGCAGGCCCUGCUUCGGAGUCUUGGGAGCCGUCCUGAGCUCACUGGGAUGCACUCAGCUGAAGGUCCCAUUGGUGAUUCAGCCUCAGCACAGGGUGCGCGCGGCUUCUCGGCCGCCUGGACCGCGGUGCUGGCCGCGCUCAUGGCGUUGCUCAUCGUGGCCACGGUGCUGGGCAACGCGCUGGUCAUGCUCGCCUUCGUGGCCGACUCCAGCCUCCGCACCCAGAACAACUUCUUCCUGCUCAACCUCGCCAUCUCCGACUUCCUCGUGGGCGCCUUCUGCAUCCCCCUGUACGUCCCCUACGUGCUCACGGGCCGCUGGACCUUCGGCCGAGGCCUCUGUAAGCUGUGGUUGGUCGUGGACUAUCUGCUGUGCACCUCCUCCGUUUUCAACAUCGUGCUGAUCAGCUACGACCGCUUCCUGUCGGUCACCCGCGCUGUCUCCUACCGGGCCCAGCAGGGUGACACGCGGCGGGCCGUGCGGAAGAUGGCCCUGGUGUGGGUGCUGGCCUUCCUGCUUUACGGGCCGGCCAUCCUGAGCUGGGAGUACCUAUCCGGCGGCAGCUCCAUCCCCGAGGGCCACUGCUACGCAGAAUUCUUCUACAACUGGUACUUCUUGAUCAUGGCCUCCACGCUGGAGUUCUUCACGCCCUUCCUCAGCGUCACCUUCUUCAACCUGAGCAUCUACCUGAACAUCCAGAGACGUACGCGCGACCGCCUAGAUGGAGCCCGUGAGGCGGCCGGCCCAGAGGUGCCUGGCCCAGAGGCACAGCCGGACACCCAGCCCUCCCCAGCCCCGCCUGGCUGCUGGGGCUGCUGGCACCAGGGCCCCCGGGAGGCCCUACCCCUGCACCGGUCCGGGAUCGGGGUCGGUGAGGUGGCCGCCGGCACCGAGGUGGGAGAGGCCACCCUCGGGGGCGGCAGUGGAGGUGGCGCUGCGGCCUCCCCCACCUCCAGCUCCGGCAGCUCCCCACGGGGUGCCGAGCGGCCACGCUCGCUCAAGCGGGGCUCCAAGCCGUCGGCAUCCUCGGCGUCGCUGGAGAAGCGCAUGAAGAUGGUGUCCCAGGGCAUCACCCAGCGCUUCCGCCUGUCUCGGGACAAGAAGGUGGCCAAGUCUCUGGCCAUCAUCGUGAGCAUCUUCGGCCUCUGCUGGGCCCCGUACACGCUUCUGAUGAUCAUCCGUGCCGCCUGCCAUGGCCGCUGCGUGCCCGACUACUGGUACGAGACCUCCUUCUGGCUGCUGUGGGCCAACUCGGCCGUGAACCCCGUGCUGUACCCGCUCUGCCAUUACAGCUUCCGCCGCGCCUUCACCAAGCUGCUCUGUCCCCACAAGCUGAAGCUGCAGUCCCAUGGCUCCCUUGAGCAUUGCUGGAAGAAGAUGAUGAAGAAAACAUGUCUGUGA